CCCAUUCCUUUCCUUCCCGUCCUCACUGCACCUUCCUGCUGCAUGGCUUUCGAGUUGCGCACGCACUGCACGCACACGUUGCACGCACAAACAAAAGCCGAAUUAAGUGGUAAAGAAGCAAACGCUUUUUCGACAUUCCUAGUCGACGCGCGCUCGCAUUAUUAUUAACUUAGCUGCCUGCUACAUAAUAUAUUGACCGUAGGAACCAUGAGCGCCGACAAAUGCGCCAGCAGGGCACUCGGAGCUGAGCUAACCGCGUCGUGGCGCCCGCUGAGAGUUAGGUCUUUUUCCAGCUGAAGGCUAUGUGCCGAUGGUCAACGAUGCCCGCUCGCGCUGGGACAACCGUUGCGAACGCAGGUGCUUCCAAGCUAAAUAGUGUUACUGCUAGUUUGCUUUGCUGACCACCGCGCCAUGCAUGCCUGGAUCGGGCAGUGUCCCGUUACGGUAUGACGUCGACGCAAGCGAGCGAAUGGAACUGCGAUCUACUAGCACAGUCGCUGAGCGACUGUCUCAGCCCGCACGACCUGAACCUCAACUUGUACAACUUCGACCAGACUGAUGCUUCCGACUGCCCCUACGUGCUGACCAGCCCGCGGUCGCUGGAAGCAUGCGCUAACCAAGGCGUCAAGCCGGUCGAGCUGCUGCCGAGACUCUUCGAGGAGUUCGCGGAAGAGCUCGCACCGGGAGUGCCGCCGGAGGAGGCUCGGCGGCUCUUUGAGCUGGCCGAGCGUGACCGUACCACAAAGCUUGCCCGGUGCCGGCGCGAACGAGAGGCCCUCAUCCGCUUGGAUCGGCUCCGUCGCCGCCGGUCACUGUCCCUGUCUCCCGGGAGCCGUGUCGUGCAACGCCGGAGCGGAACCAGACCACUCGGAGUGCUCCUGUCGUCAGGCGAGCACAUGCAUGUAGAUGAAGAUGAUGGCAGUGUAGAUGACUCAACGAGCACAACCCGCGAGCCAAGUUCAUCGGCGAAAGGAGAUUCUGACGAAGGCAGCACGCCUGGAUCAAGCACAGAAGGCAGACCUGCUAGCAAGUCAACACCUACAUCCCCAUUCAGACACCCUGCGCCACUGGUCCCUGUGCCAGCUUCACUGCUCCCGUGGGUUGACAAACCCAGUCUGCCAGCCAAGGAUGUGAAGCUACUGCAGCUGAUGCUCCAGAGGCGGCAGCGGGAUGAAGAGGCAGCUGAACAGCGCCGGCUGGCGCAUCGUGCCUGGGAUCAGGAGAAAGAAAAGCGUGCCCUGCAGUCUCGUGACAAGCGUUGGAGAAGUCGUCAGGCCCUGACAUCCAGUAGCAGUUGUGAGCUCUUGGACAGCGAAGCCCUUUCGGCAGCUGAAGAAAGGCGCAACAGCACGUCUCGGCAAACAUCCGCAACGGCAGAACAGAAGUUACAUCGUGUCUGGGCCGAGGAAGAGACUCGGCGUCGGCAACUGCAGGAACGCCUUCGCCAAAAAGAGCAGCAGUGUGCCCAGCGAGUCGCUCAGGCGGCUGCGCAGAGGCAAAACGAGGCCCGUCGCAGUGCACAGCAAGUUGAAGAACGACGUGGACAGGUGCUUCAGCAGCAGCGCCAAAUGGACGCUGCAUUGGACGUGUGGCGGGAGCGAGUGGCCGAGUACCAGGCAGCUGCCAAUGGGCGUGCCCGUCAAGUAGUGCAGCAGCGGUUGGAGGAGCGGCGCCGUGAGGUCCUGCGUCAGCGGCUCGAACGGGAGGCCGAGCAACGACGCAACCUCGCCCGGGUCGAGGCCGACCGUGAGCAGCGGCUGCAGGCAGCAGCAGCUCGGCUGCGUGACAAAGAGGAACGUGCCCGACAGAUGGCACAGCAGAAGGAGUUCUUUGUAGAGCAGUCUCGCCGUCUCGCCCUGGCCACUGCCCAGUUGCGAGAGCAACUUCGCUUGCAGCCCUCCCUGCCGCCCUCUUGGGGUCCCGGCCUCGUAAGGAAGUCCCGGUCUCAUGAGGACAUGCUCGACUGAGCCGGCCACUUCCAUCUGGGGUUCCGUCCGGCUGGCUGGGAAGGGCAAGCAGACAUCGCCAGCAGAGGGCCUCCUUUCUUCCUACAUUUUGUUGCUUGAUUCCCCUGGAAAGGGAAAAUAAAAUGUAUUCCUGCUUCA